AUGUUUUUCACCUCGAUCACCGGCGUCACCAUGCUGGCGUGCCUGGCAACCAAUAUCAACGUCGCUUCCUCUCUGGUAUCACGACAAACGUCUCCGGAUGCAACCACCUCCGACUCGCGAUUCUCGGAGCCGUUCUACCCGUCGCCGUGGAUGAAUGGGCAGGGCGAGUGGGCCGAUGCGUAUGCCAAGGCGAAAGAUUUCGUGUCACAGCUCACGCUGCUUGAGAAGGUCAACUUGACGACGGGCGUGGGAUGGCAAGGCGAACAGUGUGUUGGACAAGUUGGCUCCAUCCCGCGUUUGGGUUUCCGGAGUCUGUGUAUGCAGGAUUCGCCAGUUGGAGUCCGUUUUGCGGACUAUGUUAGUGUUUUCCCUUCAGGUCAGACUGUUGCGGCAACUUUCGACCGUAGUCUUUUCUAUGCGAGAGGCUACGCCUUGGGCAAGGAGCAUAAAGCCAAAGGAGUCACUGUUCAGCUCGGCCCGGUGGCAGGACCCAUUGGACGUAGUCCAGCAGGAGGACGUAACUGGGAAGGAUUCUCUCCUGACCCGUACCUAACUGGUGUUGCCAUGGCCGAGACCGUCAAAGGUACGCAAGAUGCUGGGGUCAUUGCUUGUGCUAAGCAUUUCAUUGCCAACGAGCAGGAAUCCUUCCGUCAAGCUUCCGAGGCUGUAGGGUAUGGGUUCAACAUCACAGAGUCCAUCUCCUCAAAUAUUGACGAUGUCACCAUGCACGAAGUCUAUGCCUGGCCUUUUGCGGACGCAGUUCGCGCUGGCGUUGGGUCGAUUAUGUGCUCUUACAACCAGAUCAACAACUCGUAUGGCUGCCAGAAUUCGAAGUUGCUCAAUGACCUCUUAAAGAACGAAUUGGGUUUCCAGGGGUUCGUGAUGAGCGAUUGGCAAGCCCAACAUUCUGGUGCUGCAUCAGCUGCAGCUGGACUCGAUAUGUCAAUGCCUGGCGAUACUAUUUUCAACUCUGCAGAGACCUUCUGGGGUACAAACUUGACUCUCGCCGUUAUCAACGGAACGGUUCCCGAAUGGCGUAUUGACGACAUGGCUCUGCGAAUCAUGGCGGCCUACUUCAAGGUUGGACUGACACUCAAUGAGCCUCCAAUCAACUUCGAUUCCUGGACUCUCGAUACGUUCGGCCCAUUGCAUGCGUCGGUUGGAGCCAACAUACAGCAGGUAAACUGGCAUGUCGAUGUUCGUGACGACCACGGCGCUUUGAUCCGAGAUAUUGGUGCCCGAGCCACCGUUCUCCUCAAAAACGUGAACAAUGCACUCCCUCUCUCCAAGCCAAAAUUUAUUGCAGUCAUUGGAAGCGAUGCGGGCCCCAACAUCAACGGUCCAAACUCUUGCACUGACCGCGCAUGUAACGACGGGACUCUGGGGAUGGCCUGGGGGUCUGGAACUGCCAACUUCCCCUACUUGGUAACACCUGAUACUGCUCUCCAAAACCAAGCACUUGCCGAUGGCACGAGAUACGAGAGCAUCUUGGACAACUAUGCUACCUCUAAAAUUGAAGCAUUGGUCGCUCAAGCCGAUGCUACCGCAAUUGUAUUUGUAAAUGCUAAUUCUGGGGAGGGUUACAUCAGCUUUGACGGAAACGAGGGCGACAGACGGAACCUGACUCUGUGGCAUUCUGGAGACGAUCUGAUCAAGAAUGUUUCCGCAAUCUGUAACAACACCAUUGUUGUCAUCCAUUCCACCGGUCCUACUCUUGUCACUGAGUGGUACGACAACCCGAACGUGACAGCUAUCUUGUGGGCGGGCGUUCCGGGUCAAGAGAGCGGCAACAGUAUCACGGAUGUUCUCUACGGAAAAGUCAACCCAGCGGCACGAACACCGUUCACAUGGGGUGCUACUAGGGAGAGUUAUGGAACUGACGUUCUGUACACACCCAACAAUGGGCAGGCAGCGCCACAAGAUGACUUCGUUGAGGGCGUCUUUAUCGACUACAGAGCUUUUGAUCGCUCGAAUAGCACACCCAUCUACGAGUUUGGAUUUGGCCUGUCGUACACCACUUUCGAGUACUCCGAACUUACCGUCACCAAGCACGAUGCCAGUGCCUACACCCCAACGACCGGAAUGACAGAAGCAGCACCAGUCCUGGGCAAUUUCUCAACCGACUUGAGUGACUACCUGUUCCCCAACGCCAGCUUCCCUCAUAUCUGGCAAUACAUCUACCCAUACCUCAACACCACCGACGCAAGAGCUGCAUCAGCAGACCCCUUCUACGGCCAAACAGCGGAGGAGUUCCUGCCUCCCGGAGCUAUCGAUGGAUCUCCCCAGCCACUCCUCGCAGCAGGUGGCGCCCCCGGCGGCAACCCACAGCUCUACGACGUCCUGUAUACCGUCACGGCCCAGAUCCAGAACACCGGCUCAUGCUACGGCGAAGAGGUCCCUCAACUCUACAUCUCCCACGGCGGCCCCAACCAACCCAAGGUCGUCCUGCGAGGUUUCGAUCGCUUGAGCAUCGAUGCUGGGGCGUCGGCCACUUUCCAGGCUGAAAUUACUCGAAGGGACAUCAGUAACUGGGACCCUGUGUCCCAGAACUGGGUUAUCACAGACGCCCCGAAGACGGUUUAUGUGGGUUCUAGCUCGAGGCGGCUGCUUUUGAGCCAGGCUUUGUAG